AUUCCACGUAGAUCGCUGCUCUGUGGUCAGAAAGAAGAAAAAGACUCAUUCGUUUACAAGCGAAACUCGGUCACCAAAACAGCUAUCUUUUCAGAACUAUUGGACAACUUAAGAUGAGUUGUAAUUAAGUAAUUUUUACACUAGAUUUACAUAUUUGAGUUAUCGAAGCACUCUGUAUUUCAGUCAUGGAGCAACCUGCGCCCAAAAGCAAAUUGAAGAAGUUGAGCGAGGACAGUUUAACCAAACAACCAGAAGAAGUCUUUGAUGUUCUCGAAAAGCUCGGCGAGGGGUCAUAUGGCAGUGUGUUUAAAGCCAUCCAUAAGGAGUCGGGGCAGGUUGUGGCUAUCAAGCAGGUGCCUGUGGAGUCCGAUCUGCAGGAGAUCAUCAAAGAAAUCUCGAUUAUGCAACAAUGUGACAGUCCUUAUGUAGUGAAAUACUAUGGCAGUUAUUUUAAAAACACGGACCUGUGGAUUGUCAUGGAAUACUGCGGAGCUGGGUCUGUUUCUGACAUCAUCAGAUUGCGCAACAAAACGCUCACUGAAGAUGAGAUCGCCACCAUCCUCAAGUCCACCCUGAAGGGCCUUGAAUAUCUGCAUUUCAUGAGGAAGAUCCACAGAGACAUAAAAGCUGGCAACAUUCUCCUGAACACAGAGGGCCAUGCUAAACUGGCAGAUUUUGGAGUGGCUGGACAACUCACAGACACCAUGGCCAAAAGGAACACCGUGAUUGGCACUCCAUUUUGGAUGGCACCAGAGGUGAUUCAAGAGAUUGGCUACAACUGCGUGGCAGACAUCUGGUCGCUGGGCAUCACCUCCAUAGAGAUGGCUGAGGGGAAGCCACCCUAUGCAGACAUCCACCCCAUGAGGGCUAUUUUCAUGAUUCCUACAAAUCCACCACCGACUUUCCGUAAGCCAGAGCUGUGGACGGAUGACUUCACAGACUUUGUGAAGAAGUGCCUGGUGAAGAACCCGGAGCACAGAGCUACGGCUACACAGCUCCUUCAGCAUCCGUUCAUCAACAAGGCCAAGCCGGUGAGCAUCCUGCGGGAUCUCAUCACGGAGGCCAUGGACAUGAAGGCCAAGAGGCAGCAGGAGCAGCAGAGAGAGCUGGAGGAGGAGGAGGACAACUCGGAAGAGGAAGUGGAGGUGGACUCUCACACCAUGGUGAAGACCGGCUCUGAGGGGGCGGGCACCAUGCGGGCGACGGGCACCAUGAGUGACGGGGCACAGACCAUGAUCGAACAUGGCAGCACCAUGCUGGAGUCGGACCUGGGCACGAUGGUGAUCAACAGCGAUGAUGAGGAGGAGGAAGAGGACGUUGGCUCCAUGAGGAGAAAUGCUACCAACCAACAAGCAGGGCGGCCAUCCUUCAUGGACUACUUUGACAAACAGGACUCCAACAAGGCACAGGAGAACUACAACCAUAACCAACAAGACCCGUACCUCAUCCCCAAGACCUCCUUCCCUGAAAGCUGGAAAGUGCCCCAAGAUGGAGACUUUGAUUUUUUGAAGAACCUGGACUACGAGGAGCUGCAGCUGCGCCUGAGCGCGCUCGACCCGAUGAUGGAGAGGGAGAUCGAGGAGCUGCGUCAGCGUUACACGGCCAAACGCCAGCCCAUCCUCGACGCCAUGGAUGCCAAGAAACGCCGCCAGCAGAACUUCUAGGCCAGACGCUGAAGAAGAGAAGCAGACUCCUCCCGAUCAUCAUCAUCAUCACCACCAGCUCAUCUGAGCGUCCUCAGACCCAAAGGACUCUGCUCAGUGAAGUCUGCCUUCACAUCUUUAUCAUUUUCUGUUGAGGGGGGAUUUCUGUGACUGACUACUUCAGGUCAUAUUUUGCUAAAUCACUUUAUGAAAACAAUUGUAUUGUAUGAUAUAGUUAUUGUUGUAAUAUACCUUAUCAUGUUAUUUUCCCUCCGAGAAUCUACAUCGGACAUGACCUGCUAUAGCAAUACCCAUUGGGCCUUUCAUAGAUACCAUAUAACUGACAAAAGAAGGAAAGGCUUUUGUGAUUUGACAUACCUACGCUAAGUACAUUAAUGCACAGGGGAAAGUGAAUAUCUGCAAAAAAGAUCAUCGGAUAAUAUUGUAAAUUUUAGUAUCUUUUUACCACUGAUGAAAUAUUUUGAGAAAUGACUUCUCAACCAAAGACAAUCACAUGAAGAGAAUGCCUUAGACUGUUUUCUGACGCUGUUGCGCUGCUCUGUUUGGAAAGUAAAUGUAUUCCAAGUAAUAUAAACCACUUUAGUGGCAUCAUGUAUUAAUCUUAAGACACCAAGAAGUGGACAGAAAACCGUUUUACUCGAUGACUUGACUGCAGCUGCAAGGAGAAACUGAAAAACUCACCAAUAGAAAUGCCCUUCAAGGCCUAAUUUCAAAGUCUGGCCAUUUCUGUUUACAUCUUAGUGAAUGUGAAUAGAUGAUUAUUGUUUGUGUUUUGAUUUCUUGCUUACAUGGUUUGCUGAGAGGAUCUUACCGUUGAAUGUUUUAAAUCAGAAUGUUUAAUUUCCAGUGUGUACAUCCUGAAGUAGAUUCUGGACCUUUCUCUUUUGUUUGGUGAGUCAUGUUCUACUGAACCUCUGGAUUCCACCAACUCUCUCAGGGGCCCAUAGAACACGAAUACCCCCUCUGUUAAAUUGGUAUGGCCCAAUCUGGCUUACUCUCACUUCUGUACUGGGAGAUGUGUAAGAACAAGUUCCACUAUUUAUUUUGCUGACUUUACUGUCAGUAAAAAACUUAACAGACUUCCACGUUCCAUUCAUACAUGGCAUGGUUUGGUGGUGUAGUCACCAAAUGUUGAGUUUCUUGAUUAAAUGUAGGCUUUGCUGAUGAUUGUUUAGUCCAGGGACCAGAGUUCUUGUUUAGUCUUUCCAGUUGUAGCCAAGGGUAAUGGCUGAAACACAAGGACACACUUCCCCAGAAACCUGUUUACUGAGCUUUGACCAGAACAUGUAGUAUGGGUGUUUCUAAGCAUGCCUAUGCUAGUUUGCCCUGUGUGUUGUCUGCACUAUUUGGCUGUCGCAAAGAUUUGAAGGAUGAUGAUAGUUAUUUUAAUUUGUUGGACAGCAUUAAAUGUAAACCACAGGGCCCCCUAAGACCAGUUUUAGUUAUACCACUUUCCUUUUACUUGCUUUGGUGUUGCUAGAAGUUAGCAUGCACAGCACACCUACAUGAAAGUACAUAGCUGCCUUAUGCCUUAUUUAGCUGUCUGCAUUUGUGUUAACAAGUGUAAAUUUUUGUUCCUUUCUCUGACAUGUGCAACUUUUUUCUUACAGAAAACUAAUUUAUUGUUCAUAUGUAAUAUUUUACCAUGUUUUGUAACACCUCCCUAGUAUGGGUUUCAUGAAUAAAGGUCAAUACUAAAUAACCCUAAAUAAAACACCAUCGUUAUCAUU